UCGAAUGCACAAUUCAGAUUUAGUAGUAAUCCAUUGGUGGAUUUGACGAUUUUUCAACCGUUUCACAGUGUGCGCUACAACAAUCCACCAACUUGCAAUAAUAAUUGCCAUGUUUACCAGAUAUCGCAACCUAUAAUGAAAUUUGAAUGUCAGCGAGCUCGGAAUAAGCAGCAGAUUUACGACAGAGAUGCAUCCUGGAAAUUUUUGAUAUUUACGCCUAGCCAUCCUCGAGCCAUCCUGGAGACCAAUCGUGUCCCUGCAGACACCAGCUCUGAUAUCAGAAGCCUAUAUAUCACGUUCUACUACAAUAGAGCUCGUCGAUCCCGACCCACGAGAUCAAGGAAUCCUUUCAUCGAAAAAGGAAGAAAAUUUAUGAAGUACGCACGCUUGCUCCGCUACUUUGGCUCUGCAACCCGCAAGUCGACUACGCAUCUCGUUCGCUUUCUCUCGUUGCAAACUGCUGAAAGAAGGCCGGCGAUCUGUUUGUCAUUGAAAAAUUUAAUAAGUUCGAUCGAUUGCACGCCUGGCGACAGAUAUGGAAACGUGAUAUAUCUCUUGGAUGAAAUUUUGUGCAUAUUUACACGCGAACUUUAUUGCAAUAUUUAUUAGCUUUCGCGGAGUUUUCGUUUGACAUUGAAGAUCUUCGUACGUUAAAUACGCGGUUGCGGUAUUAAAUGAAUAAAAGUUAAAUUCAGACCGAACGUAGUUAUUCAUUGAUAUUUGUUAAUUAGUUUAAUUACGAUGUCAGAGAUUCGGUUCUUGAAUUUUCUGCAUUUGCCGCAAUUAAAAUCUAAUGUUUAUUGUUUCGGUGUCUUUCAAGCGAAAUUUAUUCCAUUUUAGUCGCCAGAAAUUCGCGUCUUCUUCAAAUGCCUUUAUUAUGUUAUCUUUCAUAGAAUUAUAUAAAAUAUUCGUGAAAAUUUCAGUAAGAUAGUGCGCGAAUAUUUUUAAUAAUAUAACGCGAUGUGUUGAAACAAAUAAAAUAAAUAAAAUGAAAUGUUUCAAUAUUUUAAAUAUAUAACAUAUUAUAUGUUGAAAAUGUUGAAAUCUUUAAUUGUGACGGAUAACUAAAGUCUAAUCCUAAAUAAUAAAUCAUAAUUAUAGGUAAUUAAAUUUUCUAUUUUAUCUAAUGGUCAUUUUGAGCCAUGAAAAUCUUCACUAAGUAAGAAUUCUUAUUAUCGUCAAGACGAUAUUAAAAUUUCUUCAACUUGAACUAAAAUCCUAAUCAGAAACUAAUUAACAGAACGAUAGAAAGAAAAUUCACGUUGAUCAGAAUUAACAAGAAUUAACAAACCUACCAAAGUGAUCAAAAUGACUAUUUUAUAACUUUUGUUAGAAAUUUUACAGACG